AUGUAUGUGAAAUGGUUUGAUACAGGAAUGUUAUAUUAUGUGAUUUUAGUAUAUUUGGUGAAUGUCACUUUUUAAUAUUUUUGAAUUUCCCGCCGUUCCAUCCCCCGCACGUUCCGGAACGGAACACGGAAGACAGAUGCCGGCAUCGGCCAGAGGACAUUGCCGGGGACGCUGCAGGGGGGACAUCACGGGAGCGCAGGACAAGGUAAGUGAAGAAGGGAUCCCGGAGCAACGCUGCAGUGUAUUCCCGAGUGUAUCUCGGGGUUACCGCUUGUGGUGUUGAAAGUUAACCCCGAGCUCCACUCAGGAAUACCGCCAGGGGGGGGUAAACACCAA